UUUUUGUAGUGUAAAACGCAACAGUUGACAGUUUUGCUUUGGUGGGUGAAUGUGUCUUAUGUUGUACCAACGCGUGGUAUAUUUAUUUAACUCAAAAGUAUAAAUGUUGCUAAAAACUGGACUUUUCUUAAUUUAAACUGACCGGAAACGUUAUUUUGUGAUUGUUUUCUUAAAGUGUCAAACGAAUUCAAAGCACACUUUUCAAAAAUCAAACCAACCAAAUUGUUUGAAAACUUGUUUGUUGUGUUCUUAACUGUUGGAAAAUCACAAUUUGUUACGGAUUUAUCAGCUCAAGACGUCUCGCCGCAAUUGUCAAGAUUUCACGAUGUACGCUGAAAAGUGUGAAAUAUCGUAGCGGGGCACAACUGAGAUGUCAUCGGCGGCUGUGGGGACACAUCAUCAUCAUUCGGGGGCUGGACCCCUGGGUCUGAUGUCAUGCGUCCGUGAAUCGUCGCCGUUGCAGGAUUUCGAGCCUCCCGAUACCGAAAAGAACGCGGCGACGAAAAAGAAGUUUUGGAAUCCAAAGAAGUGGUUUAAGAGGAAGAACAAACAAGCCGAGGAUGCUUCUGUCGAAGUCAUCGUCGAUAAGGAUGUCCUCCGGAGCAGGUCCACCAGCGAGCUUUCAAUCACAGAGGAACAAACGCGAAGAAGAAGUGGGUCCUCAAUGCAUCCUGGAUUGAGUGUUUCCCACGACAGUGUCUUCCAUUCGCCGAAUUCCGGUUCAGACAUCGAGUUAGAUGCAGCACAAAGCUCGUCCUCUUUAUCUAUAUCGCAACCUCAAAUUGAUCUGAGGUUACAGACAGAGCUAAGUGAGAGGCUGAGAUUGAGGCGGGGUCGUGGCGACACAAGCGAAGACGAUGAAGGCCUUCCGCAUAGUCCAUGCAAUUCUCCGACUACCACCGAAGCUCUUCUCGACAAGACUGCAAGCAAAGAUCUCCCCACGAAGUCACACAGUACGUGCAGUGAUGGAUCGUUACUUAGCAUGGGUAGUUCUGAAAUGGACGAAGAGAGUUUUAGCCAACAAUCGCGACACUCUUCCAAAUUAUCACUGCAAGAGAAGCGGUCGUCAGAUCAAGAUUCGGAUUUGGAGUUAGGAGCGUCUCCUUCAGUCCCUUUAAAUCAUAGCGCCGCGCAUCACAGAGUUGCUGUAAGGCCGAAAAGACGUGCCCCUCAUAGAAAUAAAAGAGUACCUCAGCUGUCAAAUGCUCUUCCAACCACUCCGGAAGUUAAUGAAGAAAUAUCGAUAAGGAGUAUGACGCCAGAAAGUAUUUCCAGAGAAACGAUCUCUGAGCAUUAUAGCAUGAGCACGAGAACUACUCUAACCGAAACUCAACUAAAAUGUUCUUCUCUGCCUCCCGGUUUAGCACCCCCCGAUGGUGACCCCAAUAAGUUGAAUCGUAGUCGUUCAAACGCCGGUAGUAAAUCGGAGGAUCAUUUCGCAACUCUUGAAGAAGACGUCGAAAGGGAAGAAAAGACGGACAAGUCAUUUUUCGAUCGGAUAUUUCCUCGAAGAAGCGCCAAAAAACGUAAAUCGAAAGAGGAAAAGACUGUCACCGUUCAGUCGUCAUACUCAAAGAGGGUGGAAUCGAAACCGAUAGCGGCUCCGAGGUCGGGGGCAGCGUCACGUCAGAGGAUCCAACCGAUCGAUCUGCCGCCGUCUCCUGAGGUCCAAAAACGAGAUCCGGGUUGCAUUAUGCCGGAAAAGUCCGUGGCGGGAACGUCGCCUUUGCAUGUCGAAUUAGAAAAUCGGUUCAAGCAAAGGCAAACAUUGAAUGCUAGUCUGACGCCGCCACAAUCUCCAAAUAUCGAUUCGUCGUCUGUGAUAACAAAAGUAGAGGUCGUUCAAGAAUUCAAGAAAGAAUUUAGAAACGAAGAAAUUAAAAGUAAAAUAAAAAUGCCGGGAUUGUCGUCGUUACAACAGCGCGUUUUGUCACUAAAUGAUGAAGUUGACGAUGUUGGUUUUAAGUCAUUAACUGACUUACCUGACAAACCUGCAAAACCAGUCACGAAAUCACACAGUUUCAAAGCCGUUAAACCUGAAAAAAAUGAAAAAUUUGUCGUUACUGAAGCUACAAACGAAAGGAAGAUUUCAGUAACUAAAGCCGCUUCAUUGGAUAGCAUCAAACAUUUAGAUGAACCUCAAGAAUACACUUCUGAAGUUGUACAAGAAUUUACAGUUGUGAAAAACGAAUCGAAAAUCAAAGAAGAAUCCGAGGUUUCCGAUCUCUCUUCUUUCCCUGAUUGUAAUUCAGAUGUUACCAUUUCUGGUCCGAGUCACACUGCUGUUGUUAACGUUUCAAAUAAUUACAAUAUGGCCAACACAAAAACAGAAACGAUAACUUCCGGUGAAAAAAUUAAAGAAGUUACCACGAAAGAAUGCGUUUCCGUCACAAAAAUCCACUUGAAACGCGAGUCUACCCAAGUAACACAAGGCACAGUUACAGUUCCUAAAAACGCAGUUCCCGAAUUUUUAAACAGACAGUUAAACAAAGUUGAGGCGAAGCCGAGCAACGUUGUUUUUUCAAUGAAUUCACCGAGGAUAAUCGAUGAGCAAAGUCGGCCGAAAAUGACCGUUGAACAAGAAAAAGUUAGUAAAAAUAUCCCUCGGAAAUUUAGUCAAGAAGAUAUUGAAAUAAUUGAGAAAAGUGAAGAAGUGUCCAAGGUGGCGACUCCAAGGUUUAAGAAAAAUGAUUCAAACAAGAGAAAAUCUUCAACGAGUUCGACCACAACUCCCGAAUCGCCGAUUAACGAAAAACCGAUUUUGAGGAGUCGAUCGAUUAGUUUAGACUCGUUGAAGGGUGAAAUUGAGAGUUCAGAUAAAUCGUCUCAGGAUAGUUUAGACAAGUUGGAAGAAAAAGAUUCAGUUAAAGAAAAAACUGGGUCCGUUGUUGAAACCGUAGUUUUGCGUAAAAAAUCACUAAUCAAGCAAAAAAACGACGAAGAGCCUGAAUUGAUGAAAGUGUUUGCUCGCCGUUCUCUCAAACUUAAAGAUUCAGAGAGCGAGGCGGUGAGUCAGCAAGUGACUCUCAUGCUUGAUGACACGAAAACAAGAGACAGCGAUAAGGAAAACCAAGCGGAAUCGCCGCAAGAGGAACGCAAAAAAUCAUUGAAUGAAUCAAACGAAGUUUUCGAAAUUCGGGAACCUUUAACCGAGACGAUCAAAACACCGACCAAGGAACAACCGAAAAUUAAAGAAAAAUUUAUCGAAUUGACCGAAGUUACGUUGCGGAAACCGGGAAAUAAUCAUUUUUACACGAGAGCGUUUAGUAUGAAUCCAAAAUCGGCCGAAACGGACGAAAUGAAAGUGAAAAAGCAGGCGAGUUUCAGUGAGAGGAGAAUCACGGAUAAUUGGAUAACGAAUAUUAAGAACGGUGAUGAUUUAAUUGAAAGGAAAAUUUCGCAGGACGAAAUUAUUACCGGAAUAUCACCGAAAAGUGAUUUCAUAACAGAGGAGUUAUUAACCGAGCGGAAAAAUUUCAAUCAGAGAAAAGCUGAAUGGGAGAAGAGGGCACAAGAGGCACAGAAAAAGUCUGUACCGUAAUUAUAUGAAGAUGUUCCAAACGAUCCAAUACCCCGGCCUGGAGGUAGUUGUAAAAAUUUAGUCAGAGUUAUGUCAGUGUAAAUAUUGUUUGUGUUAUUAUUGUGUGUAACAUCACUUUUUGUAUCGUUUCUUUUUUUAUAAUAAGUUGGUGCCAUGUGAUGAUACCGGCAUUAAUGUUUAAAAAAAGUAAUUUGUAUUAUUGUAUAUUUUAUACUGUAGAUAAGUGCCUUUUUAAAACUUUUUUAAUAUGUUGAUUCAGAAUGUGAUGAAGUUGUUUCGAUUGUUGACCAAUGGAAAAAAAGCCUUGCGAGUUGUGGUGCUUGAGAGAUAAUUAAAAAAAUAAAGAGUAAUGUAUGUAUACUUCAAAUAAAUGUUAAUACUGCAGUAUGGGAAUAUGUCUAAUUACUGAUAUUAAAUGUUGAACUGCAAUAAAAUAUUUAUAGAAACAA